AUGUCACCAGACCAAUGCGCGCACACCAUCGGCCAGGCCUUGAUCACGGGCCACGACAAAGACGUCGACGGCGAGCCGCUGGUGGAGUUUGCGGCUUCGCCUGUGCCGAGAUACACGCCUAUGCCUAUCCCGGUCAGGAUGUCGAGUGCUAGGACGGGACUGGUUGGUGAGCAAGAUGAAUGUGCGGGUGAGGGGCAGAAUGGUAGCUGUGCGAGCGAGAGUGGGAAGCAUGUCGAUGAGGCUGAUGGGGCGUCUUUUAAUUUGGAGGGGCUUGAGGAGGAGGGGAGUGGAGGGCAGGCGAGCUCAACGGCCGCGGUCCAGCAACAACAACAGCUUCCUGCUCUGCAGAACCCACUGGCCGACAAAUGUGACGUACCACACACCGAGCUCAACAACGUCGACGACCCUGACUGUUGGGACGUGAUCAAGUCCACUCACCAGGAACAGCUCAACGGAGUAUACUCCCUCGAAGAGCGAGCCUCACAACUCUACAGCAGCGAACACCUCAGCCUGAUCCUCGACGACCCCAAAUUCCGGCUCAAAUUCUCCAACUUCCUCCGCAAACACCGCCCCUGGAGACUCCCCGUCCUCGCCUUCUACUGGAAAGCCUACAAAGCCCUCAAAGCCCUCCACUACACCAACUCGCUCAUCGACGCCCUCUCCGCGAGCACCCCGACAUCUCGAACCACCUUCGCCAUCCCAACCCACGCCGCGAGCCCAGACCUCAUCGCCGUCUCCCACCAAGCCUUCGAAGAACUCCGCCGCGAAGACCUGCACUACUACAUCUCGCACGCCUACAUCACCAUCGUCUCCGCCGUCGUCCACCGCCGCAUCACGGGCAACCUCUCCGCGCACCUGCGCGAAACUUCGCACGGCCUCGCCGAGGUCUUCUGCAUCACCGACCCGUCGCGCCCCAACAAUCCCAUCAUCCUCGCCUCGCAGGAGUUCACGCGCCACUCGGGCUGCGCGCUGAAUUACAUCUUGGGCCGCAACUGUAAUUUCAUGCAGGGCCCUGGGACCACGAUGGAUUCGAGGAGGCGCUUUGCGGUGACGUGUCAGGAGGGACGGGAUCAUACGGAGAUUUUUGUGAAUUAUCGUAGGGAUGGGAGUCCGUUUUUGAGUUUGGUUAUGAAUGCGCCGUUGUUGGAUAGUCGAGGGAACGUCCGCUACUUCCUAGGCGCCCAGGUGGACGUCUCCGGCCUCCUGAAAGAAUGCAGCGGCAUGGCGAGUCUACGAAAACUGAUCGAGCAGCAACAACAGCCACCACCACCCUCUCCCAACGCACAAUCUCACGAAUCACCAACCCAACAACCCCUCGACCCCCACCGCGAAAUCAAAGCCCUCAGCCAGCUCUUCAACGCCGAGGAACUCGACAUCAUCCGCAUGCACGGCGGGUACUUGCUCCAAGGAUCGCACUACGUGCACACGACCACCUCCGACGCAGGACCCGCCACGACCAGCAAAGCGCCCCGGCGGGUGCUGAUCGAAGACGGGGUGGGGGAUGGGUUCGAUGAGGCGAAGAGACCCGCCGCUGCGGAGCCUGGCGUGGCGCCGAAGAACCCCGUCGAGAACCAGACGGCGGGGAGUCUCGAGGGCGUGUACAAACACUACCUCCUCGUCCGCCCGCACCCCUCCCUCCGGAUCCUCUUCGUCUCGCCGCGCCUGCGCUGCCCAGGAAUGCUGCAGUCGCACUUCCUGCACCACAUCAGCGGGCGGCUGCGGCAGGAUCUGGAGGUGGCGUUUCGCGAGGGAAAUGCCGUGACGGCGAAGGUCAAGUGGUUGGAUGUUGUGGAUGAGCGAGGGGGCGGGGAGGAGGAGGGAAGGACGAGAUGGGUGCAUUGUACGCCGUUGAUGCAUUAUGAGGAGAGGAUUGGGUUGUGGAUGGUGGUUGUUGUGGGUGAGGAGGAGGUGGAGGAGGGGGUUGUGUAG